CGCGCCCGCCUCCCGCCCCCUGCCGGUCGCCCGGGGCGCGCUCGAGGGAAGGGUCGGGUCCGGGCACGGCGACUGCCAACUAGGUCUGGGCUGAGUGCGCGCGUCCUUCCACCUUGUAGGCGCCGGACUGACCGACCCCAGCGGAGAGGGGUGACAGCCUCUGUGCCUCUCUCCGCCUCCCGUCGUCGCCAGGCGCCCGAGGACCAUGUUCUCCGGCCCGCGGAGGUGGGGCGCCCGCGGCGACUACGAGCGGGUCCCCGAGGGGCCUGAGGCGCAGAAAUGCAAUCCAGAGAAAAGUGCUUCAUUCUUCAGUCGGAUGACAUAUUCCUGGUUUAGCAGAAUAAUUCUUUUAGGAUAUAAGAAACCUUUGGAAAGAGAAGAUCUUUUUGAAUUAAAUGAAAGUGAUUCUUCCUAUAUUGUGUGUCCCAUCUUUGAAAAACAAUGGAGGAAGGAAGUUUUAAGGAAUCAAGAGAGGCAAGAAAUAAAGGCAUCCUUUCAUAAAGAGGCACGUGCCAGGAAACCAUCUCUGCUCUAUGCAUUGUGGAACACCUUUAAGUUUGUCCUGAUUCAAGUUGCUUUAUUCAAAGUGUUUGCUGAUAUUUUGUCCUUCACUAGCCCACUCAUAAUGAAGCAAAUGAUUAUUUUCUGUGAACAUCGCCAAGAUUUUGGAUGGAGAGGCUAUGGUUAUGCUUUGGCACUUUUUGUUGUAGUCUUUUUGCAAACCUUGAUCCUUCAGCAAUAUCAACGUUUUAACAUGCUCACUUCAGCAAAAAUUAAGACAGCUGUAAUUGGACUCAUCUACAAAAAGGCCCUACUUUUAUCUAAUGUCUCACGAAAGAGGUUUUCAACUGGGGAAGUUAUUAACUUGAUGUCAGCAGAUGCCCAGCAGCUCAUGGACUUGACCGCAAACCUCAAUCUCCUUUGGUCAGCCCCUUUACAAAUCCUGAUGGCCGUAUCACUGCUUUGGCAAGAGUUGGGUCCAGCAGUGUUGGCAGGGACAGCAGUCCUGGUGUUGGUUAUACCAAUAAAUGCUUUGGUUGCAACUAGAGUAAAAAAGCUAAAGAAAAGCCAAACGAAGAACAAAGAUAAACAGAUAAAACUACUCAAUGAAAUCUUACAUGGAAUUAAGAUCCUCAAACUUUAUGCAUGGGAACCCUCCUAUAAAAAGAAGAUUGUUGAAAUUCGAGAACAGGAGUUAGAAGUUCAAAAAUCAGCUGGGUAUCUUGCUGUAUUUUCUAUGCUGACAUUAACUUGCAUUCCAUUCUUGGUGUCCCUGGCGACGUUUGGCAUCUAUUUCUUAUUGGAUGAAGGAAACUUUUUAACAGCCACUAAAGUGUUCACAUCUAUGUCUUUGUUUAAUAUUUUGAAGCUUCCUUUGUUUGAUUUACCAAUGGUGAUCUCAGCUGUGGUCCAGACAAGAAUAUCAUUGGGUCGGUUGGAAGACUUUCUCAACACUGAGGAGCUUCUUCCUCAAAAUAUUGAAACAAACUACAUAGGAGAUCAUGCCAUUGGUUUUACAAAUGCUUCCUUCUCCUGGGAUAAAACAGGGAUUCCAGUACUUAAAAACUUGAACAUAAAGAUUCCAGAAGGAGCUUUAGUGGCUGUCAUAGGGCAAGUUGGAUCUGGAAAAUCAUCUGUGCUUUCUGCCAUGCUUGGGGAAAUGGAGAAACUUACAGGAGUUGUUCAAAGAAAGGGUUCCGUGGCUUAUGUUGCCCAGCAGGCCUGGAUUCAGAAUUGCAUUUUACAAGAAAACAUUCUUUUUGGCUCCACCAUGCAGAAGCAAUUUUAUGAGCAAGUAUUGGAAGCCUGUGCUCUCCUUCCUGAUUUGGAGCAGUUACCAAAUGGAGAUCAAACUGAGAUUGGAGAAAGAGGUGUGAAUAUAAGUGGGGGCCAGAAGCAUCGAGUGAGUCUGGCCAGAGCUGUGUAUAGCAGGGCUGACAUCUACCUCCUGGAUGAUCCCUUUUCUGCAGUUGAUGUCCAUAUUGGAAAGCAACUUUUUGAAAAAGUGAUUGGGUCCUCGGGUAUUUUGAAAAACAAGACUCGUGUUUUAGUGACACACAACCUCACACUGCUACCACAGAUGGAUUUGAUUGUUGUAAUGGAGAGUGGCAGAGUUGCACAAAUGGGAACAUACCAGGAGCUGCUGUCUAAAACCAGAAACCUCACACAUUUGCUUCAGGCCUUCAGUGAACAAGAAAAAGCUCAUGCUUUAAAGCGAGUCAGUGUAAUCAACUCCAGAACUAUACUGAAAGACCAAAUCUUGGAGCAAAAUGAUAGGCCCUCAUUGGAUCAAGGAAAACAAUUCUCAAUGAAAAAGGAAAAGAUCCCUAUUGGUGGGGUGAAGUUUUCAAUCAUUCUGAAGUACCUCCAAGCCUUUGGCUGGCUCUGGGUGUGGCUGAGUGUGGCCAGUUAUGUAGGGCAGAAUUUGGUAGGCAUUGGGCAGAAUCUAUGGCUGAGUGCCUGGGCAAAAGAAGCAAAACACAUGAAUGAGUUCACAGAAUGGAAGCAAAUAAGAAGCAAUAAACUUAAUAUCUAUGGAUUAUUGGGAUUAAUGCAAGGUUUCUUUGUCUGCUCUGGAGCCUAUAUACUCACUCGAGGGUCCCUGGCUGCCUCUCGAACAUUGUAUGCUCAGCUAUUGGAUAAUGUGCUACACCUCCCGCUCCAGUUUUUUGAAACCAGUCCUAUAGGCCAGAUAAUCAAUCGGUUCACCAAGGACAUGUUUAUAAUUGAUAUGCGUUUCCAUUACUACUUACGGACCUGGGUGAAUUGUACAUUGGAUGUUAUUGGAACAGUUUUGGUCAUUGUAGGAGCUUUACCACUCUUCAUUCUGGGGGUUAUUCCCUUGGUUUUCCUCUAUUUCACUAUACAGAGAUACUACGUAGCAAGCUCUCGGCAGAUUCGACGACUGGCAGGAGCCUCUCGCUCUCCUAUCAUUUCCCACUUUAGUGAGACUUUAUCAGGGGUGUCCACUAUCCGGGCAUUUGGACACGAACAGAGGUUUAUCCAGCAAAACAAAGAGGUGGUGAAUGAGAACUUGGUCUGUUUCUACAAUAAUGUAAUUUCAAACAGGUGGCUGUCUGUUAGACUUGAAUUCCUUGGCAACCUAAUGGUAUUUUUUGCUGCACUGCUUGCUGUGCUGGCUGGCAGUUCGAUAGAUUCAGCAAUAGUUGGCUUGUCCAUAUCCUAUGCCCUAAAUAUUACUCAAUCUCUGAAUUUUUGGGUAAGGAAAGCUUGUGAAAUUGAAACCAAUGCAGUUUCCAUUGAAAGAGUUUGUGAAUAUGAAAAUAUGGGUAAAGAGGCACCCUGGAUAAUGUCUAAAAGGCCUCCAGCACAAUGGCCCAACAAAGGAAUAGUGGAAUUUAUUAAUUAUCAGGCUCGAUACCGAGAUGAUCUUGGUUUAGCAUUACAAGAUAUCACUUUCCAGACUCAUGGAGAAGAGAAGAUUGGAAUUGUGGGACGGACUGGAGCAGGCAAAUCAACACUUUCAAAUUGCCUAUUUAGAAUUGUGGAAAGAUCAGGAGGCAAAAUUAUUAUCGAUGGAAUUGACAUAUCAACUAUUGGACUUCAUGACCUUCGGGGCAAACUUAAUAUUAUUCCACAGGAUCCUGUUUUAUUUUCUGGAACCCUUCAAAUGAACCUGGAUCCCUUAGACAAGUAUUCUGAUUGCCAGCUGUGGGAGGUGCUAGAACUGUGUCACUUAAAAGAGUUUGUGCAGUCCCUUCCCAAGAAGCUGUUGCAUGAGAUUUCAGAGGGUGGUGAAAACCUCAGCGUUGGACAACGGCAGCUUGUCUGUCUUGCUCGUGCUUUGCUUCGAAAAACAAAAAUUCUCAUCUUGGAUGAGGCAACAGCUUCCAUCGAUUUUGAGACUGAUAACCUGGUGCAGACCACAGUCAGGAAGGAGUUUUCCGAUUGUACCAUCCUGACGAUUGCUCACAGAUUGCAUUCUAUCAUUGAUUCUGAUAGGGUACUUGUUCUAGACUCUGGAAGGAUUACAGAAUUUGGAACACCACAGAAUUUGAUAUGCCAGAAAGGACUUUUCUUUGAAAUGCUAACAGAAGCUGGAAUAACACAAGAUUCAGUGACAAAAUAAUGAUUUUAGCUGUGUAUUGGUUACACUCAAUAAAAAAUAAGUUAGUAUUUAAAAAAAUGACAAGAAGCAGUGCACAAAGACAGGCCCCUAACUACAUGUUGGCAUAAAUAUCGAUAAGCAUCAUAUUUCUAACUUUCCUGGGCUGUACCCAAACUUAUCUGUUCCAUUCCUGCCCUCUGGAAUAUCGGCCUGCUCCACAGCGCCCAAUGUGCUACAUGCCAUUUGUCCUUUAAAAUCUCUGAGUUCAUCCAGGAGUCACCUUCUCUGUGACAUGUCCCCGAUAUUCCCCUCUGUUCUCCAGUCUGAUCCAGCUGCCCCAUUUCUGUGCCCUCACCAUCCCCACAUGCAUACCCAUGUACCAUGGCAGGGACUCUAUUUCAGUUAUUUUAGUCUGUCUUCCCACUAAUGCUACUUAAAGGCAAGUACCCAGUUUCAGUUGUCUUUGUAUGUGAAGUUCCUAGCAUAGUGAUUUUCAUACAGUUGAUACCCAACAAAUGUUUGAAGAAUGAAUGACUUGGCAUUUUCAAGUAUAUGAUACAGGUAUUUAUAGACAUACAUAAUAUAUGCUGAGCUACUGGACAGUAUAUAAAAUGAUGGAGGAAUCACAAAAAAUAUUAAGAGUUAUUCAGUUGAUUUUGGAAAUAGUGAUUGUAUAUUAACUGAAUUUUCUGGUGUGCUUUAUUUAAAAAAAUAUUUUUACUAUUGACUUUGAAUUAAAAAAUGGUAUUUUCUAUGCAACAUUAUACUUUUGGUUGGGUUAACCUCAGUGACAUAUAUCAGAUGGUAUACAUUCACAAGAAGAUUGUUGAUUUGUAAUACUAAUCAUAUUUUGAAGGACUUUUUAAUUUAGUAGUUUUAUGUAAUACAAGCAAUAUUAUUUCUCUGAGUUGCCCUUCAAAUUUGAAGUAUAUAAAUUUUAAUGGCAUUUUCCUUUCAAGAUGGUUUUAAUAAAAUAUUUUAACAUGUUCUUGAAAAACCA